AAAAAUAUUCAAAAUAUGUCUACCGAUCUUCCAUAUUCUGCUGAAGGUAUUGUCCAUGAUGAAGAUGAAAUGGAUCUUCUUCAAAAGAUGAUUCUUAAAUGUAAACAACAACCAUUGGUUCCAAUCGGAACUCUUUUAACCACCGGUGCCAUUAUAAUGGCAACCAAGGCAGUAAAGAAAGGUGACAGAAUAAAGUCUCAAAUGUAUUUCCGUUGGAGAGUUGGGUUCCAAUUAGCAACCUUGGUUGCUUUGGUUGUAGGAGGAUAUUACUACAAGACUGAGGAACUCAAACAAAAGAUUACCAGAGAAGAAAAAUUAAGAGCAAAGGCCAAACUCAGAGAAAGUUUAUGGAUUGAAGAAUUGGAAAGAAAGGAUGCUGAACUUCAAGAGAGAAAGAAGAGAUUUGAAGAAUCACAACAAGAAUUAAUUCAAGUAGCUCAAGAGGGAUUCAAGAAGGAGAGAGAAGUGGAAUCUAACAAGUAAUCUGAAAGUCUUCUACACUCGAGUGUCUAAAUGUAUAUAGUA